AUGACUGUGCCCAUUAAACCCACUUGUUCUUGGAUUCUCAAAAGAAUAUUGCAGCAAAGGGAGACAGUCCAAGGAAUGUUGGAAUGGCAGCAGGUAAAUCAGGGGAAGAAGUUCCAAACUAGAAAUUUCUACUAUGGCCUGCUUACACAUGAACAACAGGUUUUCUGGCAUAAACUUUUCUAUGAUAACAUGGUCAGGCCUAGGGAGAAUUUUAUAUUAUGGUUGGUCUGUCAUGACAGGCUAGCAACAAGGGAAAGGUUAAUGAGAUUUGGGAUAAUUAAUCAUAAUAACUGUGUGUUCUGUAAUGCUAUUGAAACCUUAGAUAACCUUUUGUUCCAAUGUGAUAUAAUGAACAAAGUCUGGAAGUAUGUCCUUAAUAGAUUGCAGAUGGAGCAUGAACCUGGUAUGUGGCAUCAGGAGCUUGAGUGGGUUAUUCAACAAAGCAAAAGUAGGCAUUGGCAGGCUAGAAUGCUGAGGGCAACAUUUACUAAAGUUGUGUAUAUUUUUUGGAAAUAUAGAAAUGAUAUGGUUCAUGGGAAUAUUGCAAAUGGCAUACACAUAGGACAAAAGAUAAUAGAUAUACUUGCUUAUAGAUUAUGGAUGAGACCUAAAAUCCGGCAGCAUGUAGCUAGCCUAUUAUUGGCUUAG